CUUUUAACUUGUCCCUUCUUUCUUCCAACUUUGUUCUUUAAUCUUACAAAAUAUAAUCAACUUAGACACCAUGGCAACUUAUAAAGAAACAGUAUCAGCUGCCUUACAACAGCGCGAUAUCGGCCUUGGCAAGGUCGAACCAAAGCUACAGGGCGUCCCUGAUGAGCUUCCUCUCAACUCUCAAAGCCUUCCUCAAGGUGUCUUGACUGCACGUGAGAUUGAGAUUACAGAGAAGUACUCAGUCAUUGAGCUGCUCGAUGUUCUCCGUAAGCGAGAGAUCAAGGUCGAGGAGGUGACACGUGCAUUCUUGCGGAGAGCUGCACUGGCUCAAGUUGCUACCAACUGCUUGGUCGAACUUAUGUGGGAUCAAGCCAUCGAGCGAGCCAAGUAUCUCGACUCACUACCGGAACCCAAGGGAAAGCUCUUCGGUCUUCCCAUUUCCACCAAGGAGCAUCACGGAAUGGUCGGUGAGAAUGUCUCGACUCACGCCUCAUUCGUUGCAUGGAUUGGCAAAGCUCAUGGCUCCAACCUUCUUUAUGACCACUUGUACGACGAAGGCUGCGUCUUCUACGUGAGAACGACUCAGCCCCAGACUAUCAUGCAUCUUGAGACCAUUAGCAAUAUCUAUGGACGAACAGUCAACCCCUACAACCGUGAUUUGACGGCUGGUGGCAGCAGUGGUGGUGAGGGAGCUUUACUCGGCUUCCGUGGGAGUAUCCUGGGCGUCGGUGGUGAUAUUGGUGGCAGUGUCCGUUGCCCAGCUGCUCACAACGGAAUCUAUGCCUUCAAGCCAACUCUGAAGCGAAUCUCAGUCAUGGGCGCACGAUCCAUCAUGGUUGGCAAAGAGACCGUUUCCUCAACACCUGGACCCAUGACAGUCGACCGCGAGUCCCUCGAACUCUUUAUGGAAAUUGCCCUUUCGAAGAAGCCAUGGCUUAUCGAUCCUUCCCUCACGGCCAAACCGUGGACUCCUUUCAAAUUCGACAGACCUCUCAAGGUAGCGGUUCAGUGGUGGGACGGCGUUGUUCAGCCCCAUCCUCCCAUGACAAGAGCUCUGAAGGAGGUUGCGGAAGCUUGCCGUAAAGCAGGCAUGGAAGUUGUGGACUGGGACUGCGAACCACUGGAUCAUAAGAAGGGUUGGGAGAUUCUAUCAGCAUUGUACUGGCCCGAUGGAGGCAAGGAGGCUCUUGAGCUUAUGGAAGCCGCUGGAGAGCCUGUUCUUCCUUUAACGAAGUUCAUUAUUCAGGAGCAGCCCAGCGUCAAAGAUUUGACGAUGCAUGAGCUUUGGGAGCUAUGUACUAAGCGCGAUGAUUAUCGGGCAGCAUAUGCUCGAGCUUGGUCAUACACAAGCAAGAACGACGGAAGAGAGGUUGACGUGAUUCUGUGCCCGCCAUUCCCUGGAGCAGCAGCACCUCAUGAUCAAUCACGGUACUGGGGCUACACUUCACACUGGAAUCUGCUUGAUUAUCCCGCUGCAGUCUUCCCAGUAACAACAGUCGACCCCGAGAAGGACCCCAAGGAUCUAAACUACGUCCCCAAGAACGACGAAGACAAGUUCAACUAUGACCUGUAUAACCCCGAGAAAUACGCCAAUAUGCCCAUCAACCUACAAAUUGUUGGCCGAAGACAAUACGAUGAGAAGAGAUCGAGCACGCGAUGGGUAGAAAGUAAUUGGGUACUAGUUUUGCAACUGCUUUGUCUCAGAGGCAGCUGGCCUGAAACUCCGCAACUCCGGCACCCUAGAGUCGUUGAGCCUGGAGUCGGAGCAACCAUUGCCCCGACAAUGAUUGAGGAGGAACGGCACGUCAUGGAAAGUAGCGACUCGAUAUCAGUUCAAUGGUUGGAAAGAUACACCAUAGAUCAUAUAAAAAAGACUUUCGGAUUGUGUGCUUUCUCAAUUAGGGAAGUGGAAGUCUUUCGAGUAAAUAUAUAUAGAUUCCAGCCGAUUACACCAGUUUCACUACGCACUAUCUUAAUAACAGGCUGUUCAGAUGGCAGUCUUGGCUCUGCCCUGGCACUGGCAAUGAAAGAUCAUGGAUGGCGUGUCUUCCCUUCAGGACGUAACCUAGCAAAGUUGAGUAAGGUCAAGGAAGCCGGGCUCGAAUGCAUCGAAAUGGAUGUUGGCUCGGAUGAUUCCGUCUCAGCAGCCGUUGAGACAGUCAAGCAACUCACUGGCGGCUCACUGGACGCUUUACUCAACAAUGCUGGCAGCGGCUACAGCAUGCCUCUCCUGCAUGUGGACAUCGCCAAGAGCCAUGGACUUUUUGAACUCAAUGUCUUCUCUAUUAUCAGAGUCACCCAAGCUUUUGUUUCCCUGCUUCUCAAGUCUACUCACGGCGCUUUAAUUAUCAACAAUACCUCUGCAUCUGGUCUUCUUGGAGCUGGUAUUCCGUUUCAGGGCACUUAUGCAGCAUCCAAAGCCGCUGCAGCCAGUCUGACCGAGAGUCUGAGAGUUGAGCUUGCUCCAUUUGGCAUUCGGGCUAUAAACCUCUUCACUGGUGGCGUCAAGUCCACUUUUCACAACAAUUCACCUGACGCUGAGCUUCCCAAGGACUCGAUAUACAACGUCGCCAAGGAGGCUAUUGAAUCUUCCAUGAACGGCAAUGAAGCAGGGAUGAACAAACCUGACGCGACGACAUGGGCAAAACAGGUCGCUGGAGAUCUGAGCCAACGCAAACCACCUUAUCUGAUCUUUCGAGGCGGCAGUGCUGGUUUGGCUCGCCUAGGGUCUUUAUUUCCGACGGGCACCUUCGAUUCGACUGUUAAGCAACUUGGUGGUAUAGACGUGUUGGAGCGAAAGCUGAAAGAGGAAAAGUCGACCCCAAAGCCUCAGUGAUCAGAUGAAGAGGGAGGAGAAUGAUGUAAUUAAUACUGCUUUUCUUAUUGUAUUUUCUUAAGCCUUAUGUCAUCUACUAUGGUAUCAGACGUUGCAUUGUGAGCGGUGAUUCACGUGAUGCCUGAUGGUGACAUACUUGUUGUACAUGACGAAUAUGAUGAAUGAUCUCAGCAUAUGGCGUGUUGCGAUAAGGAAUAUGAAUUUGACAAUAUUCACC